AUGAACACAUUGCAAAAUAGUAGUAGAUUGACGAGUUACAUAAUCUUGUCCUGCGCGAUAGCGCUGGCAAGGUGCCAAAGAGAGUACCUGCGAGACUCGCAAAAUGCGGCGAUUCUGAAGGACUCGCGUUACCUGUCGGGCGAUGGGACCUUCGGCGCCUCGUACUCGCAGGAGGACGGCGUUGAAUUCAAGGAAGAGAGCGACGAGUAUGGCAAUCGCCGCGGCUCAUACUCCUACGUUGAUCCCACGGGACAAAGGCGCACUGUCACCUACACUGCAGGCGUCAAUGGUUUUCAGGCAAGCGGCGAUCACAUACCGUCGCAGCCGCCACCCACGCCUCCUCAGCCCGAGUACGUGCCCCUGCCCCAGUACAACCCUCCGGACUACCAACCCCCGGCUCAGCCGUCUCGUCCGCCGCGCUACCAAUUGGUGCGUCGGCCUUACGAGCCGCAAUACGAGACCCAGGAACCUUCGUACGAGCCACAACCUCGACCAACCCAAGCACCGCGUUACCGUGAACCACCGGCGAGGGUACCAGCACCGAGGUAUAACCGGCCGCCACCCCCGCAGCCUGAAUUGGUGCAGUACCACUCGCCGUACGUAGAGUAUCCAGCUGAUUCGCUGCGUUACGAAUCCAAAUACGAACAACCAGUUGGACCACCGAUCCCACCAGUCCCUCAGUACCGGCCCUUAGUGCGACCAACUCCUGCGGCACCGCUACCACCAUCGCGUUACAAUCACUAUAACGAGAUAACGACACCGGCUCCACGACGCUUCUAUCCGCCCGGUAAGCUCGAUUUCAACAGGACACCCGACGGUUUCUCCUACACCUUCAGCAAGAGCUGAACCAGUCGCGAGGAGGUGCAGUCGUACUAAUCGUCGCCGGUGAAGGGGAUUUCGACGAAGACAAUCGUUUUGAUAAUGAUGACGAUCGUCGCCAUGGGUGAGAGGAUCUUCGCUCGUCUAUGAUUCUUUUUUUUUUCAAUGAUGAUACCUUUUUAAAAAGUUUUUUUUUCAAUAAUCGUGAUAUUAUAUCGUGUAACGAUUGAUUUUUCGUGCUAAACUUAUUAAAUUAUUUUGAACCAAGAAAAGAGUUUCGUAUCUGUGAUAAUGAAACUGGAAAUCAAAAUGCUUAAAUCAAAAUCAAAAAGUUAACAUUUGAAAUGUAUCGUAGAAAGAAUAUUUUUAAUGCAAUAUAAAAACUGUUAUUUUCAACAUUACUUACAACAAGAAUAAAUCUUUCUAUAAA